CAACUCAACUCAGCGUUCGAAUUCCGAAACUCUAUAAUAUCUGUUUGAUUUUUCUUUUUACACUUAACACUCUCAACUUUCUUUCCAACAAUUUUCUCGCCGAUUUACUUCCCGCCAAAACACACUGUAUUCCCUUCGGCGCCGCUUCACCGAUCCUCGCGCCUGUCCUCCGUGUCGGAACUCUCUCUGCCUCCUCAUUUCCGUCAGUAGUAGUCUAGGGAAAUUGUUUGAUAAACAUUUCAAGUGAAUAGAUUUCCACUUGCAAAACUUAAAGCUUCUAGCUCGGCCGAUGUCAUGAAUACAGAAGAGAAAGAUACGAUUGGCGGAGAAUCUUCCCUUCAUUUUCCCACACCCGAUGGCAACUCUGAUCAUUUGCUUCAUUUACUCUAUGCUUUAGAUUCACAAGGUUGGCCUUUGCUCUCUCCUCUGAACGUUCAGUUGCAUAAGUGUGACAAAUGUACUCGAGAGUUUUGCUCCCCCAUGAACUAUAGAAGACAUAUUCGUGUAGAUCAUAGGAAGAAAAAUCCUGAUAAGGAAUUUACAAAAAAUAGGGAUCUUUUAGAAGCAUAUUGGGAUAAGCUCUCUGCAGAAGAGGCAAAGGAAGUUAUAUCAUUGGAAAAUGUGGUGCUGGAGGAAGUUCCGGGUUCUUCAAUUUUAAAAUCAUUGAAAACUCUUGUUCUAAACCAAAGGUUUUAUUCAUUUCCUCCGCAUUAUCUGAUGGCUGGUACUGUCCUUUUGGAUAUUCUUCAAGCUAAAUCUUCCAGCUUUCCUAUAUCUUCCCAAGUGUUGUUCAAUAUUCUUGAUGAGGCCAGUGAAAAAACAUUUUUAUGCGGAACAGCGGAGUCAGUGCAAAGAUAUGUAUUUGUUGGAGAUGCGGGAAAGAAUGGUCUUGAACUGAGAAACAUAAUUGCUUUCACAAGUUUCCUGCUAGAACAAAAAUUGGUGAAGGCGUGGCUUACUGCCAAGGAAGCCGAAGCACUUAGGUGUCAGAAGCAAUUGGUGGAGGAGGAAGAAGCUUCUCAGAAAAGACAAGCUGAGAUUUUGGAGAGGAAACGCCAGAAGAAGCUUAGACAAAAAGAGCAGAAAGCUAGGGAACAAAGACACAAAGCUGAGGCAGAAAUUAACGGCUAUAUUGAGAGUGCUGUAAAGGCUUUAUCACUGACCGAAGCAUCUUUAGAAACGCCCAAUUUUGAAGCUCAUAAUCCGAAUGCAUUUUCAGACAACGUAGCUUCACCUGUACCUCCCCAAUAUAUUGACACCAAUAAGGAAAUAAAUGAGGAUACUCGUUCGGAGUAUGAUACUAUCGCUGAUCAGAAUCUUGAGAGAUGGUCUGAAGCUGAUGACUUGCAUACAGACCAGAUUUCUCCUCUUCCAAACCUUGAAGUCAAUCAGAAACAUGAAGCUCAUAAUCCGAAUGCAUUUUCAGAUAACGUAGCUUCACCUGUACCUCCCCAAUAUAUUGACACCAAUAAGGAAAUAAAUGAGGAUACUCGUUCAGAGUAUGAUACUAUCGCUGGUCAGAAUCUUGAGAGAUGGUCUGAAGCUAAUGACUUGCAUACAGACCAGAUUUCUCCUCUUCCAAACCUUGAAGUCAAUCAGAAACAUGAAGCCAACAAUGAUAACAAGGCAUCAGCUAUUGGUCGUGGUAGUGAAGUAUGGAGUCCAAAGUCUGAAGAGGAAAUUGACAAGGUGGUUUUAAAAACCACACAAGAGAAAAAACCGGACCAACUUAAGAACCAAAUUUUGAUAGGAUCUAUACCUGUUAAUAUUGACAAUUGCAAACAAUCAGAGGGUAAUAUGGUGGCUUCUCAAAAGGAUUCUAUGGUUGAGAAUGUGGGUAAGGAGAAUAGUUCUUGGGAUAAGCCAAUGAAUACUGAUCCUGUCAGCCAGCAUGAAACUGAAGAUCAAGUUCCAGUUCAAAGUGACGAGACAGAAGUAAGCAUGGGUAGUACAGAGAGAACAGCGGAUAUUAGAAGAUUCCAGUCCUUCAUCCAGGAAGCAAAAGCUUUCCUUGCAAGAAGAUGGGAAGAAGCUCUGGCAUCAGAUCAUGUGGUAUUGCAUAUUAGCUCUGACUCGGAAUCUUCAUCGUCCGAAGAAACGCAGGAUUCUAUAGCAGAUACCAAAUUGCCAAACCCGGAUUGAUGAAGUCUGCAAAGGGAACCAAGAUAAAGUAUGUUCCCAAACGGAAAACAAAUACUUGAUGUGAAAGAAUAAAUUGGAUUAGUUUAGUUGUACAGAUAUACAGAGUUUGAUUUUGUUGCCAAUUAGUUUGUUAUCAGACGUCCAAGUUUUAUCGGAUGGUCUUCUGCCACAAUGUUGAAAGCAGGUUUUGCCUGAUUUCUUUUUUCUUCCGCCCUUUUCCUCCUAAAAGAUUUCAUAUGGGAUAUAUAGGCUACUUAGUUCUUUUUUUUUUCUUUUUUAGUUGUUAUAGUUACCAUUUUUUUUAAUAAACUUCUUUUCUUUCCGUACAUGUUUACUUUUACUUUUUGGAUCCAUUGUUGUCGUGAUAAUCAGGCUAAAUAAGUUCUGACGACGUCACUAGCUGAUGAAAUAUUU